CGUGCUUGGUACCUGAACAGCACACAAUCCUGGGUCUAUGUCGCAUGUACGACCAGAUGAUAUUGCCCUACAUCACAGCACUGCGAGAUGAGCUGGACUAGAUCACAGCAAGCAUUGUGACGAGAAAAGGCAGCAGUUGGAGCAAUGGCCGGUCUCACCAGGCUUGAAGGAUCAAUAUCCUCCUGCCUAAUCAGGUAUGUCGACGACCCCAGUUUGCUAUCGACUAUCAGUCUGUGCAAAGCCAGGGCAGAUAGCUGUCGCGUCGCAUGCAGGGUAAGCUCCGAGGUGACGUCGCCGCCACGCUCUUCGCAUCCUUACUUGAAGGCCCUCUGCCCGUCUCAGUUUCCUCUGAGCUUUCAACUGCCCCAGCUGAAGCCCUCUUGAACCCCAAGUCGGACUUUGUGCUUUCGGUGUCACCAAAUAUGCAGUUGCUUUCUCUCGUGGCCCUUGGCGGCCUCGCAGCCAGCGCCGCUGCACGAAGCGCUCGCUCUGUUGGCAUGAAGACUGAACUCUCAAGGCCGAGCUUCGCCCGACCUAGACAGGCCGCGCCGCUUCGCAGGCGUCAGGUUGAACCUAUUAUUACCACCGAGGCGUCCAAGAAAUUUGUGGUAAAUGGUACAGCAGGCGCUAUCCCAGAUGUCAACUUCGACAUUGGUGAAUCCUAUGCUGGACUUCUACCCAUCAGCGACAAAUCCAACGAGACCUCCCAACUCUACUUCUGGUUCUUCCCUACCGAGAACAAGGAUGCCGACGACGAAAUUACGAUCUGGCUCAACGGAGGUCCAGGCUGUUCUUCGCUUGAGGGCUUUCUUCAAGAGAACGGCCCGAUCUCCUGGCAGUACGGAAGUGGACCAAAAGCCGUCUAUAACCCAUGGAAUUGGGCAAACUUGACUAAUAUGGUCUGGGUUGAACAGCCCGUUGGCACCGGAUUCUCGCAGGGCAAUGCUACCGCCACGAGCCAAGAAGAGACUGCGGAGGAGUUCCUUGGCUUCUUCAAGAACUUCAUCAAUACGUUCGGCCUGAAUAACCGCAAGGUGUAUAUUACGGGUGAAUCCUACGCUGGACGCUACGUGCCUUUCAUUGCCGAUGCCAUGUUGAGCAAGAACGAUACGGAAUUCUACGACGUCAAGGGUGUCAUGUUCUACGAUCCGAGUGUUGCGGAGGACACUAUCCUCAGAGACAUCCCUGCUGUGCCGUUUGUCGAUAAGUGGUCGGGUCUAUUCAACUUUAAUGAGACGUUCUUGAAGGAUAUUCAUGAGCGUGCCGACAAGUGUGGAUAUACAAACUACACGGAGACAUACCUGACGUUCCCACCUUCGGGCAAGCUUCCAGAGCCGACGAAUAAUGCCACAGUUGAAGGUUGUGGCCUCUGGAAAGACAUCUACGAUGCCGUCUUCUACCCAAACCCUUGCUUCGACGUUUACGAUAUCUCCACGACCUGCCCGCUGCUCUGGGACGUGCUCGGUUUCCCUGGUAGCUUCGACUACGUUGUUGCUGGUACGGAGAUUUACUUUAAUCGCACCGCGGUUCAAAAGGCCAUCAACGCGCCGAUUCAGCCUUGGGCUGAAUGCCAGAAUGGUGUGUUGGACACCGACACCUCGGGCCAGUCUAGCUGGGAAGUCAUCCCGCGCAUCAUCGACGGUCUGGAUCGCACAAUCAUCGCGCACGGCGAACUCGACUACAUCCUCCUCUACAACGGCACGCUCAUGACCAUCCAAAAUAUGACAUGGGGCGGCCUCCAAGGUUUCCAGUCUCCGCCAACUGAAAACUUCUACGUGCCGUACCAUGCAGACUUGAGCAUGACGAGCUUGAGCGCCAAGGGUAUCAUGGGUAAAGUGCAUACGGAGCGCAAGUUGACGUUCGUUCAGCAGGCGCUGAGUGGACAUAUGGUACCCCAGUAUCAGCCUAGCAGUGCGUAUAGGCAAUUGGAAUUCCUGCUCGGACGUAUCGAGAGCCUGGAGAGCACGGUGCCGUUCACUACGCUGCCGCAGGGUAACUCGACCAACUCGACGGGCUAUGCCAAGAGGGACUUGGCUGCUAUGAAGCCGGCGGUUGAGCUGUACUAGGUGUUGCGGUGGGUGGUGAUGAAGUAAUGAAGACCACGAUAUAGUUUGCAGUAAUGCCAUAAUUGCGCGUCGCUCGCAAAAACAUCACGCUUUCCA